AUGACUUCGGCAUACGCUACUUUGUUAGUUGGAGAGUCUUAUGUCCCUGGAGUGUUGACCCUCGGCUCGAAGUUGAAGCAGUUGAAAACGAAGCACAAGUUGGUUGUUUUAUUAGACACCGAGUCGAUUUCGUCGGAGUUGCGGGAUUUGAUUGCCACGGUCUACGAUGAAGUGAUCCCCGUGGACACGAUUGAGUCGCCGCUCGCCAAGCUUCAGGAGUCCUUGAAGGGCCGUGACGAGUUGUCGAUUACCUAUACCAAGUUGUUGUUGUGGGGGUUGACUCAAUAUGACUCGGUGGUCUAUUUGGACGCCGACGUCUUGCCCUUGCAGAACUUUGAUGAGAUUUUUGAUAAGUUCACAGUGGCCGAAGAUGAAAUUGCUGCAUCUCCAGAUUCGGGCUGGCCUGAUAUCUUCAAUUCCGGAGUGUUUAAAUUGAAACCUAGCACCACGACUCAGGAUAAAUUGAUUGAGUUUGCUUCCAAGGGAGGAGCCGAGCUGACUUUUGACGGUGCCGAUCAGGGCUUGUUGAAUGAGUUUUUCCCCACUUGGACCCGCUUGCCUUAUUUAUACAAUGUCACCCCCAACUAUCGUCAAGAUUACCAAUACUUGCCUGCGUUCAAUCGCUUCUUUAACGAUAUCAAGAUCUUGCACUACAUUGGAGCUAAAAAACCAUGGCAUUACGAAAGCAUUUUAGCUUCGGAUUUGGCCAACUUCCAUCAAUAUUGGUGGGAUGACUUCAACAAGUUUUACAGUGACGGCCAUUUGAAGUACAAAUUGUUGAAUUUGCCCCGUGGCGAGGGCUCGAAUCUUAAAUUUGCCAAGUUGACUAAUAAAUGGGAUGAAGAAGAAGCUCCACAUUUGAGCGGUGGUCCCUCCCUUACUGCUGGCGCAACUGCGGCAACACUGGAUGUUAAUGUUGAACAUGCGCCAAUUUUCCCCUGGGAAGAACGUGAAAAGAGAGAAGCUACUAGGGUCUUCCAUGAUCAAAAGGAGUUGCCCAGUUAUGAACAAAGUGAAAAUGAAUCUUUUGAUAAGCAAUUGCAGGAGAAUCUUGAGAGAUUGAAAUCUACCAAAGUGGGCCCCACCACCGGCACCACCUCCUCUUCUACUACUACUACUAGUGAGCCAACAACUAAAAACGCAUCGUUGCUGAAGGAAUAUGGAUUCGACCAACAAGACAAGAGCUUCAAUCCUGAUAAAUCGUUGGAUGAAGUUGCUAAACUACCACUCAAGUUCCUUUCAAAAGAAAAGGCUAAAAGAGAAAGCGAAGAGAAGUAG